AUGGACUACGAAACGCCCGAGUCCGGGUUCUCUAACCCUCUCGUACGCGAUAAUCCGCUUCUCUCUCCGUUAGAGCAAGAGGUUCUGGACGAGUACACGAAACUGCUUGAGAAUAUGAACAAGCUCUCUACUUCACUGAACGAUCUCGCGGUCCAGCCUUCAUCCGAUACACUUGAUGCUUUGCGGUCACUGGAGAGGAAGACAGCUACCGUCUAUACCUUGCUGAAGGCGAGUGUGUACAGCAUUGUGCUCCAGCAGCAGAUCUACAAUGGCGGGGAUGAGGGUCAGCUUGGAGAUAGCUAA